AUGCAAGCGGCCCACCUAGAUACCCAUCAACCUUCACUGCACGGUGAAUAUGUCAUCCAGUCAAUGUGGAAGAUAGCAGAGAAAGCCUUAAUGUGUGUUCAAGCACAUGGAUUCAUGAGGCCAUCAAUCUUAGAAAUUCUCAAGGAAAUCCAAGAUGCAAUCUCAAUCGAAAGAGAUGUUGGAGCAGCAAGAGAUGGUACAUCAGAGACAUCAAGGAAUUCAAUUAAUUCUUCCUUGAACUCCAUGGAUCUUGGUGGAACAUAUAAUUUCUUGUCAAUUGAUGACUCUAUCGCACGGCCAACUGCCUGA